CAGGACACCAACAAUUAUCACAAGAAUAACUGAGAGGCUAUUCAAUUACACUUCAGCAAAAGCACUGUGUAGCAGUCACAAUGGCACAAUUCUCUCUGAAGCGUCGUUCCACGAUGGGUGCUCAAUGGGCUUGACAGACCGUAACAGAGUGGCGUGGAGAGGAUUACCUCUCAAGAAUAACAAGGCGUUGACUACAAAUGCUGUCCCAGUAGACCUGUCCCAACUUUUUCAUGUAGUGUGCGAGAUACCCUGCCUUCCUCGACAAAAUGAUCAAAUGGAGUCUAAAACAAUGGCUGAUGAUAUCUCUUGUCGAUAUGAUGUUCUCAACUGCAGUGUACCAGACAUACCAUUUGGUAUGAGUAAUGCUUCACUCGUUCAAUAUGGUGCUACUGUUCAGUUUACAUGUCAGCAUACAUACUUUCUGUGGGGAAGUUCAUCAGCUACAUGCAACGGUGAUGGUACAUUGAGCUCAGUGCCGAUAUGUUAUACAUGCAAAGCAUCCACUGCUGACUUCACAACAGGACUGAGCGGCUACACACAAGCUACUAGCAUUGAUCAAUUUGACUGGACGAGAAAACAAGGAACAACAGGAAGUCACAACACAGGUCCCUCGUCAGAUCGUUCAUAUGCGUCUGGUAAGUGA